UAAUUUUCUGAGUUAUGAUGAUUUCAUCAUCGAUUCAAGAAACCCAUACCCAUAAUUUACCACUUGAUUAUAGUGAUUAUUUUUCAGGGUUCCCAUGUAACAAUAAGCCAUGCAGCAGUUAUAAAGAUUUAACCUUUUUUCAAGAUUUUAUAAACCCUGUUCAAGAAAGUUAUAAAAAGUCCCAAUACGUUGUUGGGUGUGACAAUAUAUGGGCAAAUAAUCUUCAGAAUGAUUAUUUUGGCAACUUUAAAGAUUUUGAAUAUCCUCCAUAUGUUUUCCAAACAACUAAUUGUGUGUAUGACAAUACUACACAAUUAUUUCCAAACAACUAUCUUGAUAAUCAUGAAGCUUAUAAGUAUUGGUUGGCAAACCAUAUAAAUUAUAAUCAUGGGGGGAGUGGUGAUCAGUUUGUUAGAAGAGAUAAAGAGAAAUUCAUUAAUCACCAAGAUUUGGCAGUUGAUCAAAAUAAGGUUGAUGAUGAUAAUAAUGGAACACAAAAGGUGAAAAUGCCUUAUCAUAUUGGCUCAAUUCCAAAGCCACAAGAUGAAUAUAAGAUAGUGGUGAAUAAUGUGAAUCAGCCUUUUGAGCAUGUUUGGUUGCAAAGGAGUGAGGAUGGAUCAAGGCUCAUACAUCCAUUGGAGAAGUUCUCGGUUUUCCACUUUAUUGAUAGAAAUGUGAGCAAGCUCAAGCCUGUAAAGCCGCCUCCAGUUGAGACUAUGCCAUUCAAGUUUGUACAAGAAGAAAAAGACUUGAGGGAGCUCGUUCAUAAGCUGCGUGUAGUCAAUGAAUUUGCGGUUGAUUUGGAACACAACCAAUAUAGAUCUUACCAAGGUUUGACUUGCCUGAUGCAAAUAUCUACAAGAACCGAAGAUUUUAUUGUUGAUACACUAAAACUUCAGGCUCAUAUUGGUCCAUAUCUUCGAGACCUUUUCAGAGAUCCUACCAAAAGAAAGGUCAUGCAUGGAGCAGAUAAAGAUAUUUUGUGGCUCCAACGAGAUUUUGGCAUAUAUGUGUGCAACAUGUUUGAUACGGGACAGGCAUCACGGGUGUUGAAAAUGGAGAGAAAUUCUUUGGAGUAUCUGUUGCUGUACUUUUGCGGGGUGCCUCUCAAUAAAGAAUACCAAAGAGCAGACUGGCGUUUGCGCCCGCUAACAAAUGAAAUGUUGAGAUAUGCAAGAGAAGACACACAUUAUCUUUUGCAUUUAUAUGAUCUUAUGAAAAGACGGUUGCUUUCAUCGUCAACUGAUCCAAAAUAUCCUGAAGCACUCCUUGUAGAAGUGUAUCAACGCAGUUAUGAUGUGUGCAUUCAGCUUUAUCAGAAAGAAGUUGUUGAUCAGUAUUCGUAUCUCAGUAUAUACGGGUUACAUGCUGCUGAUCUUAGUGCUGAACAACUUUCCGUUGUUGCAGCCCUUUGUGAAUGGAGAGACAUUGUGGCACGGGCAGAAGAUGAAAGUACCGGUUAUGUAUUGUCAAACAAAUGCCUUAUCGAGAUUGCGAAGCAAAUGCCCACUACAAUCGGAGAACUGCGUAACCUGUUGAAAGUUUGGAACCCCCCUAUUGAGCGCCGCUUUGAUUUAAUUAUUAACAUUGUUCAAAUUUCUAGAAGAAAUGCGGCUGCAUUUGAAGCUGUUGCCAGGAAACUUAAACAAGAAUGCAUGGAAAUUGAAGCUUCACAAAUUACAAAGAAAAUGCCUGAAGAAGCCUCAAGUAUGUCAAUUGGUGGCAACAACAUUGUCAUGAAUCAAUCUGGAAAUGCAGUAGAAAAGAGGAAACUUGGCCUUGAUACAAUGGCGCCCAUGAACAUCAAGUUUGGUACUUUCAGCACAGAACCGGGAUCACUGCUUCAGACCAUGAAAGAACCUGCCAAUGCUCGAAAAGUCCCAGAUCUUAAAGAACCUAAUGCAACAUGUUCCAAGCCGUUGAAUAGCGUCGUUGUGCAAAAAACUGUAUCCACUGCAAUGGUAGAAAAAGGAGGACGUGUGGGAGCUGCAAAUGAAGGUGAAAAAACCUUGUCGAAUCUGUCAUCGACCUUCCAAAAGUGCUUACAGACCACUAAAGAUCAGAAUUUCACGAGCCAGGCUCGGGACUGCUGACCCUAAUCGAGCUUUCUAGGACGGGGAUCUUGCAGGGACUAGAUAUGUUUAGCAAUAACAAAACUUGCCAGAUAUAUAUUUAGAGGAGAAUUUUAAACCAUUUGACUAAAUAUAUAUAUUUUCAUAAGUGUAUGUGUAAAGUUAUUGUAACUUUUAAAGUGACUUGCUUAACCAAUAGUAUUAGGAAAUACAGUAAUAUACUGUAAUAACGGAUUUAGGAUGGGGACACUUGCCCUCGUCCCACAAAGUUUUGAAUACUGUAGUUUACAUA